GGUUGCCGCAGCCGCGGCCGGCGCUACAGUCAUCGACGCCGCCGCCUGUGCGGCGGGGGUUUACUAAGCACACUACCCUACCACGACAAAUUGAGACGCACUGCAAGCUUCUCGUUCUGCACGAUGGGCGCGUCGCCGCCGGAAGCGGGCCCGCCUCGUGCGUGUGCCCGACCCGAUUUUGGAGCGCCGUGAAAGUGUUCGGAGAAAUGCGGCGCAAGGGCGCGCCGCCACACGGUGGUAAAAUCGACGUCCCCAUCAUACGCUGGAUUUUCAACGACCUUAUCCUCCACCGUCGAGCCUCAAUCAUAGCCAGGCGGGACUUCCUCCCUAGCGUGGAGUGUAUCUGGCCACCUCUGAAAACGAUGGCUUCCUUGGAGGCUUCUGCCAGUAAGUUCUAGGAUGUUUCGUUCCACACGGUAGCCACAGUUCCACGCGGUAGCCACAAGAUGGCCUUUCCAUCUUGGAGACUGGACGAGCACUCCAUUGCCAAAGAGAUUGCGGUUUUCCAAUCAGUUUGUUCACUGGUUGCUCUGACAACCACUAGAAGACCGGCAGUCAUUUGGUACAGGAUAGGAAGAAGAGGUGACCAGAAGAAAUGCAAAAGAGCCAAUAUAUAAGCAUGUAGGUUGCACUGAACGGUCAGCAAGAUGGCCGAUCCCCUGGCCAGUGUGGAGAAGAUUGUCAAAGUCGCGCUCGCCAUCAAGGAGGCAGUCAAGACCGUCCAGAAGAAUAAGGAGCAGUGCCAUGAGAUCAGAAAGCGCGUCCUAAGGGUCAGCGCCCUAUUGAAGCGGCUUCAGGAGACAGAGAUGAUACAGGACCCGGCAAUGUGUGAUGCACUAGAGGCGAUUGAGGAGACGCUCACCCGUGGUCACGGCCUCAUCGUUGCCUGCCAGAAGAAGAAUAUCAUGUGCCGUUUCUGCAUGGCUGGGGACCUAGCCAAGCAGCUGCGCGAAGUAAAGCAGGACAUCUCAGAUCAAAUGGUGGACGGGAUCUUCGCUGCCAAUGUCAAUGCCACAAUUAUCUUGACAAGUAUUCAAUAUGUGGCUUGCUCUCUGCCCCCAACGAAUGCAGAGGCGGUGGAGAACUCACAUAGCAGUCAUUCAACCUAUGAUGACAGAUGUGGAUUGAUGAAUCACAGUAAAAACAAUGUAUCUGUUAGAAGCGUGUUGCAGUCUGCUCCCUUCCCAUGCUUAACAAAGUUCAGUUUGUCAGAGUUGGAGACUGCUACAAAUGGAUUUUCAUGUGAAAACCUUAUUGGGCGAGGUGGUUUUGUUAGUGUCUAUAAGGGUGUGCUAAAAGGUGGUUUAGUGGUCGCCAUCAAGAGAUGCCGAAGCUCAAAUAUAUUUUCACGAAAUCGCCUGUAUGAUGAACUAAAUCUUGUUUCAAAGCUUCAGCACAAAAAUUUAGUUAAACUUCUAGGAUAUGGGUAUCCAGUCAUACAAACGGGGGCAUGGGCAGAGGACAGAAAAGAUCAAGCUGAAGGGAGGCUAUAUUUUUUGUUCGAAGAGAGCACAUGCCGAAUGGAAGCUUGGGAGGAAAAUUUGGAAGGGUUCAGACUUGAUUGGUUUAACCGCUUCUGCAUAAUCCAAGGGAUAGCGCAUGGCCUAAAUUAUCUUCAUGUGCAACACAUUGUCCAUUCGGACUUGAAACCAAGCAACAUCCUCUUGGAUUCUCAUAUAAAUCCAAAGAUUAGUGAUUUCGGAAUAGCUAGAAUGUUGGAUCAUGGUGAUAUGACCACUCGUGAUGUCAACUGCUUAGCUGGCACGAUGGGAUAUAUGCCUCCAGAAUAUAUUAUGGAAGGUACUUUGUCAACAAAGUAUGAUGUGUACAGUUACGGCGUCAUCCUUCUAGAGAUCAUCAGCAGUAUGUGCAGCUUUAAACCUGCUCGUCGGCAAGCUUCAGUUGAAUGGGUUCCAGAAGAGGUACAGGAGCCAUUUCCUAGUCACGCAAACUCUGAUUAUCGGACUCAAGAAAGCGCCUCUGAUGACAAUUGGAUUGAAUCACUAGAGGUUCAAACAGUAACCAAGCCAUUUGCAGUAGAAGAACAGAAACAUUAUGGAUGGAAUGCUCAAGUUUUGCCAAAAAGGAGGCAUUGGUUUAGGAGGCUUGUUCAGUGGACUCAAAGGGAUACAUCAAAACCUGAAUUCAAUCUGGGACUCAUUGGUCAAGAACAAACAGUGGGUUCUCUCAAUGAAAUAUGGUUCCAAAACCCAUCCAGUGCCAAAGGGGAAAUGAGGCUUCAACUGACAGUAGGCUUUACAGUUUUCAAGUUCUCUCAGUUGGCUGCGUCAACAAAUAAUUUCUCAUCUUACAAUGUAAUUGGAAGAGGUGGUUAUGCUAAUGUUUACAAGUACAUGCUUUGGUUCCAACUGGAUUUUUCUUUUCAUGUGAGAGGCAUACUGCCAAAUGGGGUUGUUAUUGCGAUAAAAAACUGUUGUGGAGAACAUAUAUCUAGUCAACCUGAAUUUGAAAAUGAAGUUCAGAUUAUCUCGAAACUUCAGCAUGCAAACAUACUUAAACUUCUGGGAUGCUGCAUUGAAGGAGACAACAGGAUUUUGGUCUAUGAAUAUAUGCCAAGAGGAAGUUUACACUUCAUAAUUCAUGAGCUAAGAGCAGGCGUCUCACUCACCUGGCCUAAACGGUUUCAGAUAAUUGAAGGUGUUGCCCAGGCUGUUGUUUAUCUACACCAGCACUCCCGACCACGCAUAGUCCAUGGGGAUCUGAAACCUAGCAAUAUUCUCUUGGAUUCGGAUAUGACUCCUAGAAUUAUUGAUUUUGGCUUGGCGCAAGUCUUAAGUUAUGAAGAUGAGAUAGACACUGGCAGGGUGGCAGGAACUUUAUACUACCUUGAGCCAGAAUUUUCUCGCACUGCCAUUAUCUCAACUAAGAGCGAUGUGUAUUCCUUUGGUGUCAUUUGUCUCGAGAUAAUCACUGCUCGAAAUGCUUCUACCUUGUCUCCUGAGGGGCAAUCCUUGGUUGUUUAUGCAUGGGAAUUAUGGUCAUUGGAAAGAGCAACGGAGCUGAUAGAUCCAGCACUGCAUGUCGAACCAGGAACAAGCAAGAUCCUUCGAUGCUUCCAGAUAGCACUAUUGUGUGUUCAAGAAAAUCGGGCAGACAGGCCAACAAUGCUAGAUGUUCUCAUGAUGCUAAAAUGUGAUUGUCUGACCUUGCCUGUCCCUAGGCGACCUGAGUAUCCAUGGGGAACAAGGGGUUCAUCAGCAGAUGACAGUGAUUCGGUGGGCCAGACAAGCUAUUCAAGCGCAGGGUGGACGAGUGAAGAAUUAGAAGGCAGGUGAUGUGAACAGCGGUGACCCAGGCAUUAUUGCUUGAAGUAGCAUAAUGUAGAGGGUAAUACUAAUAACAUCGUUGUAGCUAAUGAGUUCACUUACUGUCAAUACGUGACUGUGAUUGUGGCGACUUUGGCUUUUUCUAAAGGCCUGUUUGUACUGAAUUUAGAACUUGUGUUCUGAUCCCCCAGUUUCUUUAUUUUCCAUAUACAUAUGUUGCAGUGUGGUAAUGAAGUAAAUGGUGAAUCAGAGAGUGCAAUAGUAUCCA